CAGCAAUUGUCAUCUACUUGUAAGCAUAAGUCACACGUUUCAAAUGCUCUAUUGGUAGUUAAAAAUUGUCGGAGCAGUGUGUAACGACAGUAAAGCCGUAAAGCAGAGUUUUGUGUUGCGAAUCGCAACUUGCGAUAUGCCCGGCGGUCGUUGUUUUGUAAUUUGUUUGUUAUUGGUGGUUGUGGUUGGUGUUUGUAACGGACAUGAUUUCAUUAGCCCGCCGACUACUGUUAAGGCGAGGGAAAAUAAUACCGUGUUGUUGCCUUGUUAUCUCAACACGUUAUCAAACGAUGAAGCCUAUGCAGUUUCGAUAAAAUGGUUCAAAGAACAUGACCUCCUCGCAGAUAGUGCCAAUGAUUCCGUAGUACCUCCAGAAAGACAUACGUUGUGGCAAAAUGGUUCUUUGCAGAUUGUUUCUGUCAAACCCAUGGACACUGGAGAGUACACCUGUGAAAUUGAAAGACCUGAACCCUGGGGUGCCAUAAGGCAAAGGCAUGCCAUCGAAGUUCUACAUGCUCCCUCGGUGGAACCUUUUCCCCCGAAUGGUUUUCUCGAGGUUAAACUUGGAGAGGAAGCUAGAAUGUCUUGUAAAGGUGGGGGAGUGCCUUAUCCCAUAAUAAAAUGGUACUUUCAGGGUGAAGAACUAAAACUGCUAGACCACAGAGAACUGCUCAAAUUUACCGCUUCAGAUCGACUUUUAGCUGGGAAGUAUUCUUGCGAAGCUUUCAAUGGUGUAGGGGAACCGGCCAGAACUGAAAUAUCACUAAAUAUAAUCUUUCCUCCGGAGAUUCUAACAUCCAGAUCUUGGAUACAUACAGCACCAGGUUUGAGAGCACAGUUGGAAUGCAAAAUAUCUGCUGAUCCACAGGCCACAGUAACUUGGUUGAAAGGGGAAAUACAAGUUCCUCUGGAUAAUAGAGUUGUUUCUUUGGUUGACGGUGAUAAAUACACAUUGCUCAUUAGGAACGUCCAGAGAAGUGAUUUCGGUAUUUACACUUGCAGAGCUAACAAUGAGUUGGGUCAGGGUGAAGUGCAAAUACAACUGUCAGGUGUUCCCAACCCAGGUGUCUUCAAGAAAACGGGAGAUAAAAACCUGAACGCCAAAACAUCAUACCUCCUUAUAUGGGAGGUAGACAGCUACACUCCUAUAAUAGAAUACAAUCUAUGGUUUAGACCGUAUCGGCCGAAAAGUGGUCUAAACAAGCCUGGCUGGACUAAAUUAACAAUCCCAACUGAACAUAGUUUAGGCCCUGUAUUCUCAAAGUCAUACACAAUCAAAGGUUUAAAAGAGAAAAGUAUUUACGAAGCCCUUUUGGUGUCCAGAAAUAGGUAUGGCUGGUCCAAACCUUCGCCUAUCCUAAGGUUUGCAACUGCUGGUGCAGAAGUAAAUGAAGAAUUAAUGACGACAGUUCAAAUGAUAACUCAGGACAAUAUGAUACCUCUGGAUUUGUCAAGUUCAGCUUCUAGUAUAUUAAGUUUUAAAAAUUAUUUAUUAUGUUUAGUUAGUGUGUUUUAUAACAGUUUAAAAUAUAAAUAA